AUGGAAGACCCUGGGUACACUCACUGGAAGGCGGCUAAGAGAAUUCUGAGAUAUGUGAAGGAAACAAUCUCUCAAGGACUUCAUUACUCGAAGACGGACAAAUACAAGUUGACGGGUUAUUCAGACAGUGAUUGGUGCGGAGAUGUUGAUGAUAGAAAGAGCACGGCUGGCUAUGUGUUUUUCAUGGGAAACACGGCUUUCACGUGGGUGUCAAAGAAGGAACCCAUUGUGACCCUGUCUACAUGUGAAGCUGAGUAUGUUGCGGCAUCUUGGUGUGUUUGCCAUGCAAUAUGGCUAAGGAAUUUACUAAGCAAGCUGGAGCAAGGGCAAGUCGGCGCAACCGAAAUCCGAGUUGACAACAAGUCUGUAAUCGAGUUAGCAAAGAACCCGGUCAAUCAUGAGAGGAGUAAGCAUAUUGAUGUCAGGUUUCAUUUCAUCCGAGAUCAAGUCAAAGAAGGAAAAGUGGAGCUCACUCAUGUUGCAAGCUGA